CUCUUUCGUCUGGGUUGAUAUCAUUGCCAAUGCCACACAUGGACCGCCACCUUUUGAUCCCAGGCACUUCAACUACGCUCCUUUACUGAGAAAUGGCUCUCUCACACCGCAGCAGACGAUGGGUUGCCAAAGCUGUAUCAUGAAAGCAAUUACCGAGAAAUGCACAAACAGAAGAAGGCUAUUUGAGCGUACUACAGCUAGUAGCACGAGCUACGAAGCUGAAUAACAGCCUUACUCUCGGUAUUCGGGCAAUCGAAGGCAGGCUCUCCAUCGAUUCUAAUAGUGUAGAAGCACACAGCGAAGCAGUCAACUUGAUAUUCGCCUACGCAGCUCUAGUCUACCUACAUACCAUUAUCUCCGGGCUUUCUCCUCUCAUACCCGAAAUCAAGCAUAACGUAACUCGUUGCCUGGAGAGGUUCGAAGCGCUCCCAACCCACCUGCUCAUUCGAACCUGUUGGCCAUUUACGAUAACAGGCUGCAUGGCGACAGAGGAUCAGUAUACUAUGUUUCAACGCUUAGUAGCAAGUGCAUCGGCGGCAGGCCAAGCACUAGGGACGACUGGGAAGGGUUUGAGAGUGAUGGAGGAGUGUUGGCGGCUGCGGAGACUUGAGCCUGGACCGUGGUGUUGGAGAUCGACGAUGAAGAGGAUGAAUCAGAAGAUUCUGUUAAUAUGAAGAGACGAAGUAUUUUUGAAUAGCGCGGAGUAAG